AAAGAAAACUUGAACAGCUAUUUAUUAUACAAGUGUGACACAAUGGGGGCCUUCAAUGAAAUUAAUUGAAGAAAAGUUUUACAUAUUAAAUGGAAAAACUGUAUUAAAUACGAAUAUUUACAAGUGGUUUAUAAGUAAUCCGGCCCGUUCCGCUAUAUCAAUGAUUUCGCUAGAAAAAAGUCAACAGUCAUAUAUACCAUACAUACCGGGGAAAAAAACAGCCUACUCAACUUCAUGUAUCUGGUAGGAAAGCCAUGUGAUUUUGUUUACAUCAGCGUAGUAUGAGAUUCUUUCAGGGUUUAAGAAUUUGUUCAUGAUUGCUAUUUUAUUUAAAAUUGGCUGAUUUAAACGAAUAAAGUGCUGAAAAAAUCGAAAUCAUAAUGGAUGGAAUUAAUAUAGGCGAUAAGAUGGUAUCUUCUAGACCUGCAGUAACCUACAAAAAAGGAUUCCAUGAUGAAGUUAAAUCAAGUAAAAUGAUUUAUAAGUCAUUUGGCUCAACAGGACUUCAAGUCUCUUUGUUGGGAUUAGGUGGAUCUGAAUUGGCUUUAUGUUAUGGAAUUUCUGAAGAACAGGAAGGAAUUAACACUGUUUUAGAAGCAGUUAAAAGUGGUAUAAAUUAUAUUGACACUGCUCCAUUUUAUGGCCAUGGGAAAGCUGAAAAGGUUUUGGGAAAAGCUUUGAAAAACAUACCAAGAGAUACUUAUUAUCUUGCUACAAAAGUUGGGAGGUAUGGAACAGAAUUACAAAAUAUGUUUGACUUUUCUUCUUCUCGAGUAUUCAAAAGUGUAAAUGAAAGUCUUGAUAGAUUGGGAAUAGAAUAUGCAGAUAUUUUGCUGGCUCAUGAUGUUGAAUUUGCAAAAAAUACUGAUAUAAUUGCUUUUGAAACUCUUCCUACCCUUCAAAAGAUAAAAGAAUCUGGAAAAGCGAAAUAUAUUGGUAUAACAGGGUAUCCUGUGUCUACACUUAAAGAGAUAGUGGAUAAGAGUGACAUCAAGCUAGAUGUUAUUUUGUCAUAUUGCCGAUGUACUUUAUUUGACAAUACUUUGAGAAAUUAUAUUCCUUAUUUUAAGGAAAAAGGUAUUGCUAUUGUCAAUGCUGCAGUUUUGGGAAUGGGUUUGUUGACAAAUAAUGGCCCACCAGACUGGCAUCCUGCUGGAUCUGAAUUGAAAGCUGCAUGUGAGCAGGCAGCAAAAUACUGCAAAGUAUGUUUUUUCUGCCAUUUUAAAGUUUCUCAUACCUUCAUAUGUGAAAUAAUGUGUAUAAUUUUGUCUAUCUCAUUGUCUUUUCUUUAUGUAUGUGUUAAUAAAAGUAUGAUCCCCUCUCGUUAUAUUUAGGUGGUUAAAUUAAUGCUUGUAGUAAUUAAUUGAAUUAUUAAAAUAUGCUUGAUAUUGAAAAUAUAAGAACAAAUAUCUUAUCAUCGUAACUAAGGCCUAAUUAAGUUAAUCUGGAGUCCUAGGCACAGCCAUCAUUCAGGGGUUUUCAGUGCCCACUUUCCUUGCUUUUAUUAAGGGAAGAUGCUGAUUUAUGGGAAAGUGUAGAGAAUGAUUCUGAAAUCUUACUCCCAGGCAUUGUAAUCUUAAGUAUUAGUCAAGCUCUGAUUUAUGGCUGUAUAUUAAUGAUAAUACUUCAAUUUAAGCACUUUUGUAUGAAAAUUUAGUGUUUAAUUAAAUUAGUUUUCUUUGUAGUGUUAUAUGUGCAUGGGGGGAGAGAUCUCUGAAAUUUUAUAUAUCAAUUUACUGAGAGGCAUCAUUGCCUUUAACCAGUUAUGUCCCUUUUUACAUAUUACCUUGGUAUUUAAAAUAUUUCUUCGUAUAUUUCUUAAUGAUUUAAUUUUCAUCUUAAUGAAUAGAGUUUUAUGAAAGUACAGAGAUAAAUAAAUAAUUAUUCAAAUAUAGUAAACAAAUGGCAUUUAAUUAUAGGUUUUAAUAAGAUAUAAAAAAAGCCAUAUCAUUCAGAGUUUUAAAAUGGAUUUCAGAAAUAUGGCUGUUUUUGAUAACAUGUUAAAUUAAAAAGCAUCCUAAAAUGGGAGAGGAACAGAGAGUAAACAAAAAGAAUUCAGAACUUCCUUGAAUAUUCUAAAAUCAACUUCUUUUAUAUCAUUUGAUUUAGUUUUUAACAGCUAGGUAAAUGUUUUACAAGAUACACGAAUUUCUUCUGUCCAUAUAUCUUAAGGAUGUUUUCAUUCUUUGAAUGAGUUUAAAAAGUUGGAUAGAAGAAUUUUCUAAUUAUUUUA